CACCCCUCAGCUUUCACCCGCGCCGCCUUUUCCACCACCAAACCCUUCGAGUCCCCGUCGCAGUUGCGGCAUUCCGACGAACACCUCGCGCGCGCGCGCGUCGCCGCCUCCAUCUCCUGCGUCGCCGCGGCGUCUCACACCAACACCUCGCUCGCUCGCGUCGCGUCGCGUCGCUUGAUCUCGCACCGGGGGGGAGAUGGGCAGGGGCAGAGGGAAACAGCGGAAGGAGGCCGAGGCGGCGCGCGAGGAGGAGGAGCGGCGGUGCCUCCUCGAGGCGAGCCCCCUGCGCAAGGAGGCCGUGGAGGCGAUGCGGCUGGAUCGCGAGGGCCGCCACGACGAGGCGAUCGCGCGCGCGGACGAGCUCGCGGCCAAGCACCCGGAGUCCGCCGUCGUGCUCCACCUCGCCGCCGGCCUCCACCAGAACGCCUCCACCCGCUCCGCCCGCGACGGCUCCGACGGCCAGGCUUCGGUGAUGCACCUCGUCUACGCGCGCGACCUCUACGCGCAGGCCAAGCGUCUCGCCCCCAACUGCGUCCAGAUCGCCACCGGCUUCGCCAUGGCGAAGGUCGCCAGCGCCAAGGACUACGAGCCGGAUCGCGAGAUCAUGCGUGCCCUAGCCAUCUCCUCCCCCACCGACCCGGCGGAGAACAACGUCGCGUUCGACCUCGACCGCACCCUGAGCACCACCAUGGACAGGUUGGCGAAAGCGAGGGAGGCCGCGCUCUUCCACUCUCACCAUAUCAUGUCCCACAUGUCCGCCAAGAUCAUUCCCGCCGUCGUCGUCGACAUGCUCGACAUCUCCAAGCGCGAGGGCGCGGCCACGGCGAAGAAGCAAGCGAAGAAGGCGCUCGUCGAGCGAUUCGGCUACUCGGCGCGCGCGCACUUGACCCACGCAAAGAUCAGCUUGGAUUUCGCGCGCGGCCUCGACCCAAACAUUGACAAGAAGCCGUUUCUGAAUAGCAUCCUCGACGCAUUGAACAAUUUGGUUGAAGAGUUCAGCAAUUCGCUUGAGAUUGCCAUGUUCCGCGCGAAGCUCUGGUUUGUCAUGGGGAAGUAUUGUUCUGUGGAAGUGGAGUGUGACCGGGCAAUCCGUAUGGAGGAGCCUACUGAUCCCAGGGAGGAGGACGUGCCUCCUGGAUCUAUCCCCGGAGAGAAGCCUGAGGAUAGGAAAUCUUAUAUCCGCACAGAGCUCAAACGUUUGCUUCAGAAGCUUGUCUUGGUGUGUAGAGAUUACUGGUGCUCACUGGCAAGCGAGAAGCAGGACAGCUUUCGAUUGGUGGGACUCAAGUAUUUGCACCUACACUUUGUUACUUUCUAUCAAGAUGACCAUGAAGCUGCAAAGACCAUAUCUGAUGCACUCAACUUUGUCAAGAAAAACAAGUCAUGGAGGUUCUGGAUUUGUCCCUAUUGUGUUGGCAAGAAGAUCCCAGACAUUGAUUCGCUCUUGCAACACAUGCGCAGCAAGCAUCCCGAAGGGGGUUUCUGGACGAACCUGCGGCAAGUUUUUGAUCCAGAAUCGAUCUCUGAUACAUAUCAGGGUGAUCAUUUCUCGGACAAUGCAACAAUCUGUCAAGAUUCAGAGGAGAAUUAUGUCUUACAUUUCAAAAGGAUGGAUGAUAUUUUCAAGUACUUGUUUCUUCGAGCAGCUGAUAAUAUUGAAGAAAAGCCAUUUUCUCAAAUACGAGAGGAAAAAUGCAGAAAUGGAGUUUUUAUCCUUGAGAAGAUUAAGCUAAAGCUGAAUAAUGUCCCCACAGAUAUUUCAAGCUCUGAGUUCAAUGAGGCUUGUGCUGAAAUCCGAGACCUGUGGCGUUAUUUUCUUGAAAUCUCUCUUAUGGAUUAUCGUGUAGCCAUCUCACCGCUCGCAAUGUGUUUCAUAUCGGACCAGUUACUAACAUGCAUGACUGAAGAUAAAGAGGCUGCCAGUAAUAGUAUUGAUGUUGCUGCUAUUAAUGCAGUAUUUCCUUUUGUUGAUGUCUGUCCUGAUAUUGAUGCAAUAUUUCCUAACGUUGAUGAUGCCCCUGACGGCAAUGAUGCUGAUACAUCAACAUCAGGACAACUUUAACAUUCCCUAUCCAAAAGUAAUUUAUUUGGCGCCUGCUGUCUGGGUGAAUUCUGCUCCUACCAAACGUCAGCGGCACUACACCAAUGAAUGAUGACACAAAAGAGGGACCGUCGCCUAUCCUCGAUACCCUUUUCUGCCCUGUACCGGAGAGCGUGGAAGUGUAGAACACCUGUUUCUUCGAUGCUCUAAAGUCAGAGCGCUAUGGUCCUUUCUUGGCUUUGAUGUGUCUCUUGCCUACCUCCCUGCCUUGGAGCAUCUCUGAACGACAAUCCUUCCUGCACUCCCUGCCAGCCCUCCUUCGAUCCCUUGAACGAUUUUGGUGUGCAUCCCUUGGAACAUUUGGAAAUGUCGCAACAACAAGGUCUUAAACAAUGUCGACGAACAAACCAGUCAAACCGCCUGGUGCUGCGUGGAUGAUGUGCUGCACUGGACUGGAGCUGCAAAACGAUGGUCCAUCAAGCCUUGGUUGAAUAGGGCCGUAGGUUCUUAGCUUUUUCCAGUUCCUAAUUCCGUUUCCUCCUCCUGUCCCCCUGUAACUCUUUUUCAAUCACAUUGUAAUAUUGCUUACGAAUAUAUUAAUAUAAAGGUUCAGGCUGGCGUAAGCCCACCGUCGUUUCUGUCAAAAA